AUGCGUCUCCACCUCGUCAUCCAGCGUCACGGGCUGCCGGUGACGCGCAUUCUUUGGACCACCGCGCCGCCUUCUUUGUUCGGUCAGAAUGCGUCUAGAUCUGCGGCCGUUAUUCCCGCACCGUCUUCCGCCAUUGCGUCCACGCGCACCCCCAAUGCGCUGUAUGCCAAUGGCGGGUAUACCAUCGCCCAGCUCCUGGAAGAUGUGAAUGGGGUUAUCCCGCUGGAAACCGAACCGGCCUUAUUUGACAAUGAAUUCAGUGGACAAUGGGGACUCGAGGAUUAUGUGGUGGAGGUGGAAGGCUCCGAGUGCCUGCAUUUCAUGGACGUAGAGGGUCUCCUUAGGGAUGGAGAUGAAGUAUUGAUUCGAGCCCUCCAAAUCUCCGACUUGCGCGCUCGACGCCUCUCUGGUCGGCACCAGAUUUCUGCUGAUGGCCGACAUCUAAUAGAUGGGAUUCCGUUUGGCAAACCUUUUCUGAAAAGACCUACAUCUUCACGGCCUGCCAUCACAAUACCUCCGAGAAAGAAAAGGCGUACGAACCUGACAGGCUGGGGCAAUGGAGUGGGAUACGAAGAUGAGGACACAGAGUGGGCACCGCCCGCUCGAAUACGUUCUGUGAAAGAAAUCUCGGCCUUGGAAAAUGACAGUAACAAGGGUGACACGUACGACAAAGAUGAGUACGAAGAUGCAUAUCAAGAUGACUAUGAGGAUUUUCAUCAAGCCAAUGAAGACACUGGGGAAGGAACGGUCAUUCGAUAUAAUGUUAAUGAUGCUGAAGAUGAUCAAGUCUCCGAGAGCGAUGCAGAUAUAUCGGAUUUCGACGCUGGGGACCUGACGGAGGAAUUGAAGGACCUGAAAGAAGAUAUGGAAGUCCCUGCGAUGUCCGCAAUUGAGAGCACAGAAGACGCCCAAGCAGAACACGGAAGCUAUCCAUUGCGCACCAGAUCGAGUCUGCACACCGCACCAAGAAGCUCCCUCUCUCAGACAAUCGACAGAAAGCAUCCAGAUGUAGACCUCUCACGGAGAGAUUCAAAGUCGGUUAGAUUCCAGGGGCAAAAAGAGAAGCCACCAGUUCCACCAUCCCAAAAUUCUCCUGUGAUCAAAACUGCCCCGACCCCAGCCUUGGAAAAGGGAUCCAUUGCAAGCGAAAGUUCUAGCAGCUCGUCCGCCAGCGAAUCUAGUGAUACAAGCUCGGAAGAGGAUAGCUCGUCUUCUUCGGAAGAGUCCUCUGAAUCAGAGACUGACCAGUCCACUUCAGAUUCAGAAGACUCAACAACGUCAGAAUCCGAAGAAGAGGCUUCUGAUACUUCCUCCAAGGCCAAUCCACCUGGGAAGGGUUCACUAAGAACCAAGAAGAGCAAUCAACGCAACAAGAUGCGACGGAGACUGGCAAAAUUAAAGGAACUUGGCGCUUUACCGGCUGAGGCCGACUUUGCCGCACUCCGAAAAUUGGAAGAGACGCUUGGAGGCUUGCAUUACUUCCCCACAGGUACGAAAGAGGAUGAACAAGCGGAAUUUGAAGCCAAGCGACAAAAACUUCUCCGUGAUCUUGAGUCAGGGGGAAUUGAUGUCACUGAAAAGCAGAACGUUCCCCUGGGUGAUGUCGAUGACAGCGUCCCAGCACUUCCCGAACAAGAGCAAACCACGCCAACAGAAAACGCCAAUCAAACAGGCACUGGUAUCAAGCGGCGUACGCUGGAUGUUGCAAGCACCCGGCGACUGCUUUUCGGAUCCCUUGGCGUGCGAACCCCACGGACCAAGGAGGACGAAGAAGCCACCCGAAAAAGGCUGGCAGGGAAGGCCAAUAAUUUUCUUCCGCGGAAAACAACCGCGGAAGAGCCUGUUGAAAUCUACAAGAGUGAUUCAGAAGAGAACUGGCAGGACAAGUUAAUCGUCCGAGCCACAGAAUGUAUCUUUGAUGAUGUCGAAUUGAGCGCUCCGCCGUUUCCGUUCGAGCAGCGUUGGGACAUGGAAGCCAUUGAUAUCAUCCGACAGCGCAAAGGACUGGGCAAGAAAAGGAAAAGGAGACAGCGCCUGCCAAUCUAUGAUGGGGAAGACGAAGCGGAGUUUGACAAUGGAAAUUAUAACGACGAGGGUGAUCUGCCGCUCAAUUACGAUGAUACGGAACAGCCAAACCACGACGUGGGAGGCGCUGAGAAGAGUGAACAAGAUGGGUUCGACGGUGACGCGAACGAUCUCCCUCACGUCCCGAACGACUUGGGCUCUGUAGGUGCCCUAUUGGAAAAUGACUUAAAACAAGGCUCCAUAAUUGCCUUCAAACAGUUGGAGAUGUCUAAAGACACAAACUGGCAGCCUGCGGUGUCUGGCUACCGUGUUUCCGAGAUCCACGACGUUUUCGACGGAAAUAUUCUCAGAAUCCGACUUGCGAAGCGCAACCGGAGGCAGCCCCGAAUCGUUGACGAGGGUGAAGAAGAACCUCAGUACAGUGGGUUCGAAAUGCCCGGGUUCGAGGAAGAGGAGGCAGAGGACGACGGUUUUCGCGAGGUGUCAUUUUCUGAUCUGAUUGAUCCAAAGCUUCUCCGCGCUGCCGAUGCCGCAGGUCUCGGAGAGGCCGAGAAAGCCAGCUUCUCCCUGGCAGAGCCACUUGAACGGAGCCCCAAGCCGGAUGCGCAAGACGCUGAGAUAGCACCUCCGGAUAGCCAGCAGUUAACUCAAAAGGAACCCGAGCAACUAACAAAGGACGCAGUCGACGCCGAAAAGGCCUCUGGCGAGGAUUCCAGCUUCGGCGUAAAAUCGCCGGAGUUUCACGGAUUCCAGUCCUCCGACGAGGAGUCUGUCUCGGCGUGUAGGGAUAGUUCGGGGGCCGACCAUAACGCCAAAGGCAAUGAGGAGGAAGAGGAGGAUGAUGAUGACCAUGGUAGUGGCAAUCGAACCCCCGAUCCUCGCGCUCACCCUCCGUCCACAUCGCAAUCGACCGCCCCUCCGAACCGGCUGAGUUAUGAGGCAUCGGCGGGGUUGGAUAGGGAUUUAGAGAUGAUGAGCAGCCCUGAGGGCGCCGUUUCCUUCAAUAACCUACUCUCCAAGCUAUUUCAGGGCAAAGAUAUAGGAGAUGGGACCUCCCGUCAAGAAUCAAUUAAGGACAAGGACCCUGACAGGCCCCCUUCUCGGUCGUCCCUAUGUUCGGUCGUUCCCAAUCCAUUCUACGAGAUUGACCGCGCCCAUGAAGAACACCGUCGGCAGAGUUCUAGAAUCGCGAAGAGCACCGGUACUAAAGACGCUGAUUCAACGAUGGACUAUCUCUCAGCGGCAGAGUUUCCCUCCUCUCCAACGUCGCACAAAUCGCCAACCAGAGAGAAGCCACCACCAUCCGCAUCUCAGGAGGCUUCACUCAUCAAUACUUUGCCCGAAAGCAUUCUGGAAGAGAGGGCCGAGGUGAAAGAGGGCGCUCCACCAGCUUCCCAGAUGUCCGCCGUGGUUGUUGACCUGACGCAGUCCAGCCCGCUCGUCUCGCCAGAAGGAAGUGACAAGGAAUAUAUCACGUCCCAUCGACUUCCCCGAGGACAGAGGAAUGCACCUGGGGAUCGGCGACAAACACGGCGGUCAUCGGUACGAGUGCAGACGCUGAAGGAGUUGCUUUCAACAUCACUUCCAUCAUCCUCUCCCCGCAGCUGCGUUGGUUUCCCUUCUAUAUCCUAUCGUACAUCCCACUCCACCCCACCGGCCAAGAUGGCUCAGGAAUACCGACUUAAAGAUAUCUCGUCCCUUGCGGACAUCAAGGAUAUGGAUAAGGUUGAAUCUGAGGUCGACGGAAUCGAAGGUGGCAAGAUUUUGGUGGUGUACUCCAACGGCCAGUAUCAUGCCAUGAGUCCCAAGUGUACCCACUACGGGGCACCCUUGAAACUGGGCGUCGUCGCCCCGGAUGGCAGAAUCGCCUGCCCAUGGCAUGGAGCCUGUUUUAAUAUUGCCACGGGCGAUGUCGAAGAUGCCCCGGCUCUGAAUGCCCUAAAUAAAUUCGAGAUAGUGGAGAAGAACGGCGCAGUAUACGUCAAGGGAGAGGAGUCAGCGAUCAAGUCCGGUCAGCGAGACCCGGUCGUGAAAUGCAGUGUCUCCGUCCCCGAGAAAAUUGUCAUCGUUGGAGGUGGAAGUGGAACCAUGGGAGUGAUCCAGACGAUGCGGGAAAUAAAAUACAAGGGCUCCAUCACCGUCAUCUCUCGUGAACCCAACUUGAUUAUUGAUCGACCGAAGCUGUCCAAGGCCCUGAUCCCCGACCCCGAGAAGAUCCAGUGGCGCCCUCGCGAAUGGUACCAAAACGCCUCCAUCGACACCGUCUCAGACGAGGUGACCUCCGUCGACUUCACCAAGAAGACGGUCGCCACGAAAUCCGGCAACACCUACCCCUAUACCAAGUUGGUUCUUGCUACCGGAGGUGUGCCGCGCGGUCUCCCACUAGAAGGGUUCAAGGAACUCGGAAACAUCUUCCAACUCCGUGAUGUGACCGAUGUCCAGUCCAUCCUCAAGGCCAUAGGUGAAAAGAACAAGAAGAUUGUCGUCAUUGGCAGUUCGUUCAUCGGCAUGGAAGUGGGCAAUGCCCUUUCCAAAGAUAACGACGUCACUAUUGUCGGUCAAGAAAUGGCCCCUAUGGAGCGAGUUGUGGGCGAGAAAGUCGGCCGAAUCUUCCAAAACAACCUUGAAAAAUCCGGAGUCAAAUUCAAGCUGCAAGCGGGCGUCGUCAAAGCGACUCCCUCCGCUACCGAUCUCAGUAAAGUCGGCGUCGUCCAUCUGAGCGACGGCACCUUGCUCCCGGCUCAUCUGGUUGUCCUCGGCGUGGGAGUACGCCCUGCCACUGAUUUCCUCCAGGGGAACUCGGCCAUCCGACUCGAGGCAGACGGGUCCAUCAAAACGGACGAGCACUUUGCGGUUCCCGGUCUGAACAACGACGUCUUCGCCAUCGGCGACAUUGCAACAUAUCCAUACCAUGGUCCCGGAACGGACCCUGAGAAGGGCAACUACACAAGAAUCGAGCACUGGAACGUCGCCCAGAAUGCCGGUCGUGGGGCCGCCCGUGCCAUCGUUCACAGUCUGACCUCGCCGUCCCUGCAGUCUCUCAGACCGAAAGCCUUUAUUCCCAUCUUCUGGUCGGCGGUGGGCGCUCAGCUGCGGUAUUGCGGUAACACGCCCAACGGCUGGGACGGGUUAGUGCUCCAGGGUCAGCCUGAGAAUGCCAAAUUCGCCGCGUAUUAUUGUAAAGGCGAUACGGUGGUGGCGGUGGCCACGAUGGGGAUGGAUCCCAUCAUGGUGAAGAGCGCCGAGUUGAUGCGUAGAGGGAAUAUGCCGACCAAGUCUCAGAUUGAAAAUGGAGUGGAUAUCCCGACGGUGGGUGUGCCAGUGUCGGUCAAGGUAUAA